ACAUCACCCAUACAAUCACUUAUUUAACAAAAAAGCAUUUUGAGGAAAAAAAGGUAUUAAUUGAACAAUAGAAAACAAUGAAAAUUAAAACUAGAAUCAGUCGCUUUCAAUAUGAGCUAAAUAAAAAAAGGGGAAAACACAAAUAUAUGCAAUCAAGUUGAGGCAAAACAUUCACAUGAGAUUCCAGGUUUCUUCUGUUGUCCCCUUGAUGGCUACUUGUCCUUAACCAAUUAUUAAUCAACUCAAUCAUGGCACUCAACUAGCUGCCUGCUUAUAAAUCCCCUUCCCCUCCCCCCUUAACCCAUUCUCUUGAUGCGGAGUUCCUUUCUUUUCUAGCUUUUCUCAGCUUUGGCAUGCCACUUCUACACUGUAAAGAAAACCAUUGGCGACCAAGAGUGCAAGAAAUCAUGCAGAGCUUCAAGCUGAACGAAAGCAAGAUCCUAAGAAAGAUGUUAAGCAUUGGUAACUUCAAAGAGGGAAACCAGAAUUCAUCAGAUGCCAAGCAGGAAACUUCUAGUAUGAAUCAAGCAUAUGCAAACGCAAGAAGAUGCUUCUAUCAUCAAACCAAAAGGAUAUUUGUUGGUUCCUGGAAUAUUGGAGGCAUUGAACCACCCAAUAAUUUGGACAUGGAAGACUGGCUUGAUGCAGGAAAUAAUUGUGCAGACAUUUAUGUUCUAGGGUUCCAAGAAAUUGUACCUCUAAAUGCAGCAAAUAUACUAUGUCCCCGAAACAGAAGAAAUUCUAGGAAAUGGAAUUCUCUUAUUGGGGCAGCCCUUAACAAUAGAAGACCAAUAAAGGGAGUUGAAGAAGAUAAAAUAGCAGAACCUCAUAAGAUAUACCCUCUGCAGAAACAAAUUUGUGCAGAGGGUGAGCAUGAACAAGAUUUCCAGUGCAUCAGAAGCAAGCAAAUGGUGGGAGUGUUCAUUACCAUUUGGGUUCAGUCUUACCUCUUACAAUCUAUCCGACACUUGAGUGUCUCAUCUGUUGGCUGUGGAAUCAUGGGUUGUUUGGGAAACAAGGGUUCAAUAUCAAUUAGAUUUUGCUUGCAUGAAACAAGCUUCUGCUUUAUAUGCAGUCAUCUAGCUUCUGGUGGUAAAGAAGAAGACCGAAGACAGAGAAACGUUAACGCAACUGAUAUUUUGUCGCGGACAAGAUUCUCUACUGAUACUCUGCAUGACAUGCCUCGAAAAAUUAUUGACCAUGACCGAGUUGUCUGGCUAGGCGACUUGAACUACAGGAUCUAUAUGCCAGACUCUGAAACACAGUCAUUGAUCAAGAGAAGAGAGUGGGAAACCUUGUUGAAACAAGACCAGCUAAAGAAGGAGCUCACGGAAGGCCAUGUAUUCCGAGGUUGGCAUGAAGGAGCGAUAGAGUUUCCACCUACAUACAAGUACCACCCGAACUCUAAAGAUUACAUAGGUUGUGACCAGCAACACAUGAGCAAAAAGAGACGUGCCCCUGCAUGGUGUGAUCGAAUAAUAUGGUUUGGAAAGGGAAUGAAGCAAACACAAUACUGCAGGAGUGAGUCAAAGCUUUCGGAUCAUAGACCUGUACGAGCAAUGUUCAAAGCUGACAUCAAGGUAGCAGCAAAUUGUAGAUGAUUCAAAAUGUUACAAGAGGCAUUUCAUCCAAGAGAUUUGAGUUCCCGUGGUGCUAUUUUCAAACGAGGUUUUAGGCAAGCAUAUGGUAGCAGAAUUCCGUGAACGUGAUUAGUUUGACAAUCUGGAUCAGCAUUAGUAUUUCUCCUUUACUUUUUACGAGAGAACGAAUAGGGAAGCCAAACAAAGAUAUGCUCGUUGUUUUUUUUGGGAGGAAGCAUACCCCCUCAUUGGUGAUUCAAAAGCAAAGACAUUACAAGUAAUUCUGCAUUUAUUCAAUAUCCCUGUGUUUAAUAUCAUAAAUAAAAUUGAUCCUGAUAUAGGAGUUCAUUGUA